AACAGGAAGUUGAAACAGCACGCUUCAUCUUCUCCCCCACGUUACAGCUCCUGUCGUCAGUGUGUGACAACGUAAAUGCCGGACGACUGAGCCGUCACCAUGGCAGCAGGCAGGCUGAGCUUCAGUAACGUCACCGCCCUGGCGCCGAUGGUCCGGGUCGGGACUCUGCCCAUGAGGCUGCUGGCGCUGGACUACGGCGCCGAUGUGGUCUACUGUGAGGAGUUGAUCGACAUCAAGAUGGCCCAGUGUCACCGAGUUGUGAACGAGGUUCUGGAGACGGUGGACUUCGUGGCCCCAGAUGAGCGAGUGAUGUUCAGGACCUGCGAGAGGGAGAGGGACAGAGUCGUCCUUCAGAUGGGGACGGCGGACCCGGACCGAGCGCUGACCGUGGCCCGGCUCGUGGAGAAGGACGUGGCUGCCAUCGACGUGAACAUGGGCUGUCCCAAGGAAUACUCCACCAAGGGCGGGAUGGGAGCUGCUCUCCUGUCGGACCCCGACAAGAUCGAGGCGAUCCUGAAGAAGCUCGUUGCAGGAGUCUCCAUACCGGUCACGUGUAAAAUAAGAAUCCUGCCUUCGUUGGAGGAGACGCUCAGUCUGGUGCGGAGGAUUGAGAGGACGGGCGUCGCUGCGGUCGCGGUUCACGGCAGGUUGAAGGAGGAGCGCCCCCGUCACCCGCUCCACCUCGACUACAUCCAGGCGGUCGCCCGGGCCGUGUCCAUCCCCGUCAUCGCCAAUGGGGGGUCUCUGGAUCUGGUGAAGACCAACGGGGACAUCGAGGCGUUCAGGCGGGCGACGGGCGCCUCCUCCGUCAUGCUGGCUCGCGCCGCCAUGUGGAACGCGUCGGUGUUCAGCGCCCGGGGGCCCUUCCCUCUGGACCGGGUCAUGGAGGACUACCUCAAAUAUGCGAUCCGGUACAACAACCACGCCUUCAACACCAAGUACUGCCUGUGUCAGAUGCUCCGGGACAAGGUGGAGUCCCCCCUGGGGAAGCAGGUGCAGGCGGCCCAGACCAACGGCGAGCUCAGGUAGGGGUCAAG